AUGAGUGAUGAAGAUUCUAAUCAAGUUGUUCUUGCAAUCACAAAAGUGGGGUGCAUGAUUACUUUUUUUAUGUUAAUUCUAAUCGUAGGGAGUCUUCCAAUAAGACUUAAAGCAUUCAAAUCAAACAAGGUACAAGUAAAUCAUGAAAAGCUAAGAAACUUUUAGCAUAUAUGGGAGCAUUUUCUGGAGGUCUAUUUCUAGCAGUGGGAUUAGUUCAUUUAUUACCAGAGGCAGCAGAGAAUUUUGAAUAGUCUUUUGAUGAUGAUGAGGAACAUUUUCCAUUUGCUUAUGCAAUAUCUAUACUUAGUUUUGCAUUAAUUCUUUUUAUUGAAAAAAUAAUAACAGAUCAUCAUCACGAUCAUGGACAUGAUGAUGAUCUCCAUCAUCAUGGGAGCAAUUCUAAAAAUACUUAAGUUUAAGAUUAAAAUAAUCUGUUUGUGAAUGGAAGUGUAGAUGCAGAAGCUUUAUUAGAAAAAAAGAAUACUGAAGAAACAUUUAAGGAUGCUCUCAAUACUUAAGUAUUAAAAUUGUCAAAUUUUUUAGUUAAUUGUAGCAAAGAAAGCAUCAUUUGUAUAAAUGGUUAGAAAAUCAAUUGCAUAAGAUCCAAAAAAUUCAAUAGUUUAUUAAGAUGUAAAUACAUGGGCUCCUUAUAUCUUAUAAAUAGCUGUUGGUAUUCAUGCAGUUUUUGAAGGAUUAUCAAUUGGUAUUUAAGAAGAGGUUUCUUUGUGUAUUGGUAUAGCAUUGGUAGUUUGUUGUCAUAAAUGGGUAAUGAAAUAUUUGAAAUUAUAUUAUAGGCUGAAGGGAUGACGUUGGGUCUUGCAUUUAGAAAAGCAGGUGUAAAUAAGACAACUUCAACAUAUAUGAUUAUAAUAUAGGCUAUAAUGAAUCCGAUUGGAAUAGGGAUUGGAUGGAUUAUGGCAGAUAAAGGGCCAUUAUAUACUGGAAUAUUCGUAUCAAUAUCAGUGGGGACAUUUAUUUACAUUUCAACAAUGGAAACAUUGACUGAAGAAUUUUCAAUAUCAUAAUAUAAAUGGGGAAAGUACUUGAUUUUUUUGGUUGCCAUAGCAUUUGUAUCAAGUUUAUGGUUUAUAGAGUAAGCAGUUGGUGGAGAUUGA